AUGGGUUCAUUUGGUGGGGAGGAUUUAACACCAUGGGAUGCACAAGGAUCGAGUGCACCUGAAGAGAAGAUAUUUGUUUCUGUGAGGUUGAGGCCUUUGAAUGAGAGAGAGAUUGGAAGGAAUGAUAUGUCAGAUUGGGAAUGCAUCAACAAAAAUACCAUCAUAUUCAAGAGUAGCCUACCGGAACGGGCAAUGUUUCCGACUGCCUACACAUUUGACAGAGUGUUUGGGUAUGAUUGCUCCACAGAGCAGGUGUAUCAUGAGGGAGCCAAACAAGUUGCUCUUUCAGUAGUCAGCGGCAUUAAUUCAAGUAUUUUUGCAUAUGGGCAGACAAGCAGUGGAAAGACAUACACCAUGCGUGGAGUUACUGAAUACUCAGUGGCUGACAUAUAUGAUUACAUUCACAGGCAUAAUGAUAGAGAGUUUGUGUUAAAAUUCUCUGCCAUGGAAAUCUACAAUGAAUCUGUGAGAGACCUCCUCAGCUCAGAUAGUACUCCACUUAGGCUUCUUGACGAUCCUGAGAGAGGGACAGUUAUUGAAAAACUCACAGAAGUAUCUUUGAGGGACUGGGGCCAUCUACAGGAGCUCCUCUCUGUGUGUGAAGCUCAAAGACAAAUAGGGGAGACCUCUCUGAAUGAAUUGAGCUCUAGAUCUCAUCAAAUUCUCCGACUGACAGUUGAAAGUUCUGCUCAUCAGUUUUUAGGCUCUGAAAAUUCAAGCACUCUAGCAGCUACAGUGAAUUUUAUUGAUCUCGCGGGAAGUGAGCGUGCUUCUCAAACCUCAUCAGCCAGCACAAGAUUGAAAGAAGGUUGCCACAUAAAUCGCAGUUUACUAACCCUUGGAACUGUUAUUCGCAAAUUAAGCAAAGGAAGAAAUGGACAUAUACCUUUUAGAGACUCCAAGCUGACACGCAUACUACAGAAUUCCUUGGGAGGCAAUGCAAGAACAGCCAUUAUUUGCACAAUGAGCCCUGCACACAGUCAUGUUGAGCAAUCAAGAAACACCCUUGUGUUUGCUAGUUGUGCCAAGGAGGUCAAUACAAAUGCACAGGUCAACGUGGUAAUGUCAGAGAAAGCACUAGUAAAGGCGCUGCAAAGAGAAUUGACUAGACUGGGAAGCGAGAUGAGGAGUUUAGGGUCACUUUCUGCCACAUCUGAUUCUGCAUCAUUGUUAAAAGAGAAGGAACUUCUCAUUGAAAAGAUGGAUAAAGAGAUAAGAGAGCUAACUGAGCAACGUGAUCUUGCUCUAUCUCGUGUUGAGGAUUUGUUACGAUCGACAGGAGAACAUCAGGUUUUAAGAUCAUUGGUUGAACCCGAUCACCUAUCCCAACUUCAUAAUAAAGGCGCCUGGCCAGAUGAAUAUCCAGCUUCAGACGUAUCAGAGGUAGUUGAUCCUCUUCGUUCAGAUGCCGUAUCUAGCACAUCUCAUUUUUCUGACAAUGGACUUAAUUCCAACAAGGGCGACCAGCAACUUCCUGAUGAUUCUGACGACCACUUUCUGUCUGAUGACACCUCUCCACGACUGUUUAUCGAUAAGUAUUUUGGGCCUGAUCCAUGUAAGGGUUGGGAGAAAAUUGAUGCAGAUUCUGAAGAUAACUGCAAGGAAGUGCAAUGUAUUGAAGUGCAAUCGAACUUGAGAAACAUAAAUUCUGGGGAAAUAUCAUCCCCUCGAAAGGGAGAUAAGAAUUUGGGUACUGUUCACACACGCCGUACUUAUAAUGCAUUGAAGCAAAAAAUUCUGGAUUUGCAGGAAACCAUUGAUGGUCUAGUCGAUUCUUACCCUUUAGAACAAUCUCCUUGUUCCUCCGACACAGAUACAUCUGGCUCUAGGAGUGUCAAGAUAUCUAGGAGUACAAGUUGCACAGCAAUUCUAAGGACCAUGACAUCACCUCCGCAGCAUGAGAAAGCAGAACAAAAUGAGAAUACACCGCCAAAUGGUUUUGAGAAAGACUUCCCUGGACGACCUGAAGGUCAUCAACUAAAGCUCUCUGAAUUCAAGCCUGCUGCCAAAAGUCAAAAGCCUUGUGGAGAAGAUACCCCAAUUUCUGUUAGGAGUGUUUCUGUGGAUGAAAAUGAGCAAAACAUCAAGAUGUCAGAUGAACUUGAUAUUGCUACCCUCCACAAUUGUGCCGAGGACCUCACUGAACAGGCCAAACCAAAGUCUGAGGAGCUGCAUGAUUAUGAUACGGUCAAGGAGGUUGAAUCAGAAACCAAUGCCACUGGAAAAUUUGUAAAAGAUGAUGAUGGCUUAGACACAGUUGAUAGUUCUCUGUCAAGUACUCCUAACUGGCUCUUAGAAUUUGAGAGGCACAAAAGAGAGAUAAUUGAACUCUGGGAUGCUUGCAACAUAUCAUUGAUUCACAGAACCUAUUUUUUCCUUCUCAUUAAGGGAGAUCCAUCAGAUUCUGUAUACAUGGAGGUGGAGCUUAGACGGUUGUCCUUUCUCAAGAAAAAUGGCCAGAUUCUCACGCCACUCUCAAGUAUGAGAGUUCUCAACCGCGAGAGAGAGAAGCUGAGCAGGCAAAUUCUAAAGAAGUUCUCAGCAAAGCAGAGAGAGGCCAUUUAUGAGAAGUGGGGCAUCAGGUUGGACUCAAAGCAGAGGAGGCAACAAUUGGCCCAUCGACUAUGGACAGAUCCAAAAGACAUGGACCACGUUAAGGAGAGUGCAGCCCUUGUUGCAAAACUGUCUGGGUUUGUAGAGCCUGAGCAGGCACCAAAGGAAAUGUUUGGAUUGAGCUUAUCUCCUCGACCAGUAAACCUUAGGUCUCACAGCUGGAAACACAGCAUGUCUUUUGGAAUGUAAGCUUGUUGGAGGUAGAGAAAUACAUUGUUGAAACAUAGUGUCUCGCCAAACUACUCACUUACCUACUGAUAUCAGCUCUGAUGCUAAUUGUAAAGCUACAAAAGAAUGUAAUCCGAAAUUGUUCAUGC